AGAAAAAGAAACACAUUUUAUGAAUAAAAACCGCAGAGAAUCACGGUUUAAAGUCCUAUAAAUUCCUUAGUUUUGAGAACCCAUUUCACUGUCUUUCUUUCUUUCUUGCUCAGUCAUCUUUUCUCUCUGUAGCUUGGUCAGUGAAGAUGGUCUUUGCUAUGGCUAAAGCACUUGUGCUACUGCAACUUUCACUGCUGUGUUUCACAGUGUUUAGUGAUGAAGAAAUAGAAGCAGUUUCACCUAUCCCGCCACACCAUCAUGGCUACUCUCACCACCCAGCUAUGUCACCAACUCAACCACCUAAUUAUCACCCUCCUCACCACCACCAUGCCCAUCCACCAACUGUCGCACCCAGCCUUGCACCUACUCACCACCAUCACCAUCACCGCCACCACGCCCCCGUUUACGCUCCCAUGCAUUCUCCAGCCCACUCGCCCAUGCCACACUCUCACGCACCAGUUCAUCCUCCUGUGCACUCCCCACCAGCACAACCCCACCCACCGGUUAAACCACCGGCUCGGUCUCCUAGCUCCCACUUCCCAAGAAGUUUUGUAGCAGUGCAAGGUGUUGUUUAUUGCAAGUCGUGCAAAUACUCUGGGGUUGAUACUCUCUUGGGAGCUUCACCAGUUCUUGGUGCAACAGUAAAACUACAAUGCAAUAAUACAAAGUACCCACAAGAAGCCAAAGCCACAACUGACAAGAAUGGUUACUUCUAUCUCCAAGCACCUAAAUCCAUCACCAACUACGGGGCCCACAAGUGCAAAGUCUCAUUGGUCUCGGCACCAAACACUGCGUGCAGCAAGAUUACCGAUCUUCAUGGUGGACUCAGCGGUGGAAUCUUGAGGCCAGAGAAGAAAUUUGUUGCUAAUAAGCUGCCUUUCGUCCUCUAUACCGUUGGCCCUUUUGCCUUUGAGCCCAAGUGCCCACGUUAAACGUGACAGUAGUAGUUGCAGUACUCAUCGAUCUUUCUGUCACUCUGCGUGCACCAGUUUAAUUAUAGUCCUUCUUUUUAGCGUUUUUAGAUUAUAGUUUGGAAUCUGAAUUUCCCCUGUGUGUUUGAUCUGUACUCUGUAAUGGCACUUCAUUGGCUACCAUUAAUCAGUGUGUGAUGUUAAUUUGUUUGGGAAAUAAAUUAGAUAUUAGAAUC